UAAGCCUGGCACGCACACAAACAGGCACACAAAAUCAUAGAUACACAACUACAGAUGUAUGCUCAAACUACAACCUAAAGUCACUUUGGAAAACAUCUAAAGAGUACAGAGGGACCAGACUUUGUGACAGCACAGCAUCCUGAGGGACUGAAGUGAAGCUGCUUUGUAACACACUGACCAUACAGGGCUCUGGUCAUUGCCAGCAGCAACAAAAGAGAGCAACAGCUGUUUACUUUCUAGGUGGGGCUGUACUGACUCUGUCUACAUCAUAUCAUGGAGCCGGAUGAUGACAAAAACUCUGUGGAUAUCCAUGACAACCCCCCAGCUCCUGACAAUGUAGUGAGGGAGGACGGAGACACUGUCUAUUUCAUAUAUGAGGAGGAAGUGGAGGUGGAGGAGAAGGAACCGGAACCUCCUUCAGAGCCUAUUGUCCGGGUCAAUGACAAACCCCACAAAUUCAAGGACCACUACUGCAAGAAACCCAAGUUCUGUGAUGUCUGUGCUCGUAUGAUAGUCCUGAACAACAAAUUUUGCCUGAGGUGUAAAAACUGUAAGACCAACAUCCACCAUUCAUGUCAGUCGUAUGUUGAGUUCCAGAGGUGCUUUGGCAAAAUUCCACCUGGUUUCAGAAGGGCCUACAGCUCCCCCCUGUACAGCAGUGACCAGCCAGAUCCAAACAACCCAAACCGGAACGACCCAGUUUUUGACACCCUGCGGGUUGGCGUCAUCAUGGCAAAUAAGGAGCGUAAGAAAAAUGAAAAUGACAAGAAAAAUAUGAUGAUGAUGAUGGAAGAGGAGGAGGAGGAGAACCAACAGCCUAAAGAGAAUGAGGACGGAGGAGAAGUGAAGCCUGAUGAAAAAAAAGAGAAAGGAGGAGACAAAGCAGAUGACAAGACUAAGGGCACAUUCUCCCAGUCCCACUACUACCUGGCUCUCUAUCGCUUCAAGGCCAUUGAAAAAGAUGACCUCGACUUCCACCCUGGUGAUCGGAUCACAGUACUGGAUGACUCCAAUGAAGAGUGGUGGAGGGGAAAGAUGGGAGAGAAGACAGGCUACUUCCCCGCCAACUACCUCAUAAAAGUGCGUGCUUCAGAAAGAGUCUACAAGGUGACCCGCUCCUUUGUAGGGAACAGAGAGAUGGGACAAAUUACACUUAAGAAAGAUCAGAUUGUGGUGAAGAAAGGAGAUGAGAAAGGUGGCUACUUGAAGGUCAGCACUGGACGCAAGCUGGGCUACUUCCCUGCUGAUCUGCUGCAGGAGAUCACUGUGACAUAAUCAGCCUGAUGUGCAAUGGAAAACGCUGCAGCUCACUUUAAGUAUUAGCAAGAACUGGAAGUCCUGAUUUUCUACAUUUGCUACCGAUAGAAAAGCUAAAAAUAUCUGUGCCUUAGACACAAUUGUUUGACAGCCUUUUUCAUUAAUACCUACAUUAAAGGAGACAUUUAGCUGAUUUAUUGGCUUUGUUGUGAAUAGCAUAGUAGAUGUUUUAAGUUGCUGUCUGGUGAUUUUAGUUUUUACUAUCUUAAGGACAGGUAGAAAAAAAUGGAGAGCCUUACUAAUGAUUAUAAAAUCACUGAUGAAUUUAUAUGAAGCUGGAGAAUUAAUGAGGCUGAAACAAAUGUGCCAGAUUGAUCAUGAUUACUGGUGGCAAAUUAAUGUAAAUCAAAAUGCACCUUUAACUUUUGUUUCAGUUCUGGUUCACGUUUUUUUGUUUUUGUUUUUUCAAGUUAAAUAGCUUAAAAGAUUAAUGUAGCUAUUUAUCUCUAUUUCCCACUGUUUACUUGGGAAUGGUGAGUUUAAUUAAAACACUUGCCCAUUAUUUACUUACCACAAGGAUGCAACUGUUUUAUCUGAGUUAUUUAAAAAAAAAAAAGAAACUGCUAAUUACCUGAUUGUUAUCAUGUUAUCAUCCUCUCUGAGUCCUCUGUACUGGCAUAAAUAGAAACAUCAUGUACAUAGCAUUUAAAGCUUAAAAAGAGCAAAAAACUUGUUAAAGUUUGUUGUACAUUAUUUUACGUAUGACUCUGACAACCUGAAGCAAGAAAGAAAAAAAAGAAUUAAAACUAAAGUGCACUUAAAGCAAACCUUAACAGAGAAGAGACAGUUUGACCUAAAGUCUAAUAUGUCUCUUUUUCCUGUGGCCUGUAUUGCUAUUUACCCAAGUGGAUUAUUUUGCUGUGAAAUGUCCAUUGGUGGAACUACGAAACAAGAGGGCGCUCAGAGCUUCCUGAAAUCAUGAUCCAGUUACUCAAAAAAUAAAUAA